AUGUCUCUUCCCAUAAGAAGAGCUCGAUUCUCGAGCUUGGGAAGAUCUUCUUUCUCGAGACAUUCUUUACCUUUGUAUCCUCGGAGAACUUUCGCAGAUCACCAAAAGCCUCCUAGACCAGGCUCUGGACGACCUACUGUUUGGGCACCAAAAACUAGAAUCGCUGUUGGCGUUGUCUUUAUUGGUGCUUUAAUUUACAACAUGGCAACAGAAGAACCGGCCAAGUUGGAUGCCCCUACCAUUGCAGAACGGGAUACCCUCACUAAACGUGAAUCUGGAGUCACGGAGAAUUCGCCCAUGCGAUUGCGAAUGGAAGAAUUCAUUAAACAACAGCAAAAGGAAAUCGUACAUGAAUUGGAACAAGUCGAUGGCAAGAAGUUUCGAGUUGAUACAUGGACUAGGGAACAUGGCGGAGGUGGGAUCUCCUGUGUAUUGCAAGACGGCAAUGUAUUUGAGAAGGCAGGAGUAAAUAUCAGUGUGGUAUAUGGAACAUUACCUCGACCGGCAAUUGAAAAAAUGCGAGCCAACCACAAGUCUAUCGACCCUGAUGUUCAAUCCCUCGACUUUUUCGCUGCCGGAUUAAGCAUGGUCCUCCAUCCAGUCAAUCCAAUGGCGCCGACUGUCCACCUCAACUAUCGAUAUUUCGAAACCGAAAACCCCGAUGGUUCACCUGCCGCAUGGUGGUUUGGUGGUGGAACGGAUCUUACACCUAGUUACUUGUUCGACGAAGAUGCUAUUCAUUUUCACAAGACAAUUAAAGAGGCAUGCGAUAGCCAUGAUAAAGAAUACUAUCCAAGAUUCAAGAAAUGGUGCGAUAACUAUUUCUCCAAUAAACAUAGAGGGGAAACGCGGGGUGUUGGAGGAAUUUUCUUCGAUGAUUUAGAAGAGGGAAAAGAUCAAGAAAACUUGUUUGCAUUUGCGCAAAGUUGUUUGAAAGCUUUCCUUCCUUCAUAUCUCCCAAUCAUCAAUAAGAGAAAGGAUAUGCCAUAUACCGAGAAAGAAAAGGAAUGGCAACAAAUUAGGAGGGGUCGAUAUGUAGAAUUCAACCUGGUACAUGAUAGAGGUACAGCUUUCGGUUUGAAUACACCAAGUGCGAGGGUGGAAAGUAUUUUGAUGAGUUUACCUUUGACGGCUAGUUGGAGGUAUAUGUAUGAGCCGGAGAAGGGAAGUAGAGAACAGAGAUUGGUGGAUGUUUUGAGAGAACCUAGGGAAUGGGUUUAA